CUCAAGAGUAAAGACGUCAAUAACAUAAUGACACGAUAACAGUGUCAAAUGUUCAUUAUUACUUCAUAAAUUCAUUUUGUUUAUUCAAAUAAAUGUAUUCCAGAUAAUUCAUAUCUAUGAGUACUUAUUAGUUAGUGUUUGAUACAGUGUAGUCGAAGUAAUAGUGCCUAAAUAAGUUGUGCUUAUUGGAGUUAUUACAAAUAUUUUAAAAAAAUGCUUAGUGUUAAAUUGGCAUGUGUGUACAUAUUUCUGUGCUAUACCCUCAUGUGUGGUGUUUGUGAUAACAGUUAAGCACCCUUUGGCUACACGAUACGACAGCCUGAUACCUAACUACCAACUCAUUUUGUGACCUGAUUUGCUAUCAUAUGAAUUAGUACAUAACACACAGUUGAUAAGUUAACCUCUGAGUGUCAAAAUGGCUGCUAUCGAAAGUAACACGUGCGGAGUAAGUGAGAUAGAUCUAAACGAUAUCUCCAAUGAUGAAAGCACUAGCCAACAAGAUGACGCUGUGUACCUGUUUGAUUUCACAAAGAAUGAUGACGUAGACGUUUGGCAAGAACAGUCUGAUACGGUGCGCGAUGUAGGCAUGUCCAAGGCCAUAUUUGUGAUUCACAAAAAUAUUGGCUUCAGGAGAGCUAUAUUCUUUGCUCUGCUAAAUCCCCAACUGAACGGUGCGGGAUUUGCUGGCAUAAGAGCUAUUCAGACAUGGAAUCUAACUGAUCACACUAAACUUCAGAUUAAGUGUAGAGGGCAAGGACAGUUUAAUGGUUUCAAAGUUACUUUACGGCACAAGGGAUUAAAUGAUGAACCUAACUACUCAUUUGAACAAUAUUUCCAGGCGCCAAAGGACGAAUUCGCAAUCCGGAAUCUAAAUUUUUCCGAUUUUAAGGCUUACUACAGAGGUAAAAGAGUAACUAACAAUGAGGUAUUAGACUUGUCUCAGAUUACAAGUAUUGGAAUACAAAUGUAUGGCGGGGUGUAUCAACCAGUAAAGCAAAAAGGUCCAGCAACGCUAGAAAUUGAUUGGAUACGAGCAGUUUAAUCUGUUAAAGUGUAAUAAUAAAAAAGUUACUAUUA